AUGAGUGUAGAUCUCGAAGAACUCUCUCUCGGCACAACAAUGAAGACACACUUUCCCAACCCUGACGAUAUCCUCAACUUCGAACUUACUAUCGAUCCCGACGAGGGCAUGUACAAGGGUGGCCGUUUCAAGUUUGACUUUAAAAUCAACCAAAACUUCCCACACGACCCACCGAAAGUCAAGUGCACCCAGAAGAUAUACCACCCGAACAUCGAUCUGGAAGGCAACGUCUGCCUUAACAUUCUGCGCGAAGACUGGAAACCAGUGCUGAACCUGAACGCAGUUGUUGUCGGUUUACAGUUUCUCUUCCUCGAACCGAACGCGUCGGAUCCGCUAAACAAAGAAGCUGCAGAGGACCUAAAAGUGAACCGAGAAGGCUUCAAGCGCAAUGUGCGCGCAUCGCUGGGUGGUGGUACGGUCAAGGGACAAAGCUUCGAUCGCGUCCUCAAAUGAACGGUUAUAUAAGUUCAGGGUUGACCAGCGUCUUGUACAGCGAGCCUGAUGUGGGUUGGUACGGAAGUUUUGUCUUGGAGGCAUAAGAACCGGCACCAAGAAGUUGGUGUCAAAGAAGCGUUGAGGUCGGCGGCUCGGGAUACAAUACAUACCAAACACCAGGGCUGCAUAUAUUGAGCGUUGCAUUAUGUAUAGGGAGCGUGGCGUCGCAUACGGGCGGAUAUAGCAUUCUGAUUUCCUGUCAAUGUGAUGGAGUAUUUGCGUAUAGCACGGUGAUACCCUUUGUAAAUUCUGCUUUACACAAGUGAAUUCAAAGCCCGUGGCCUUUCCGCGAGGUUCGCUUGGAAUGUUGCGUUAUGAUGCUAACCGACUGGGAUGUAUAUCCCAUCUUCAUGCCCUGGAGCUUGAGUUCUGCCAGGUACAACCUCUUCGAAUGCGCGACCGUGUAAGAAUAUUUUCCUCUUUGGUGGGAACGCGC